UAUUUUGCCACAAAUUUCUCGAUUAAAUUUAAUUUGUAUAUGAUUAAGUUUAAUAUAAUAUCCUUCUCAACAAGGCAAGAAAGCUCAAUUCUGAGACUUGUUUACUAGUGUGGCACAGAAAUUAGGAUAGGAUGGCACCUGCUGGGAUAGAGAAUGUGAUAAGCUUAGCAGAAUCUGGCAUUAAAGAGUUGCCUUUGAGCUUCGUCAAAGAUGAGAACGAGCGUCCCACAGUCCCACACAAUGUCUUUUGCCAUGACAUCCCUGUCAUUUCCCUCCUCAGCUCUCGGGGGCAUGGAAGAGAUCGAGUAAGAGCCGAGCUGAAAAUGGCUUGUCAAGAGUGGGGAAUUUUCCAGGUUGUGGAUCACCAAGUUCCAACGGGUCUCACAAACCUCAUCAUGAGCCACGCCAUGGAUUUCUUCUCGUUUCCUCUGGAGGAAAAGCUAGAGUAUGCUUUGAAGCCCGGAAGCUAUCUUGACUAUGGUAAUGGUAGCUUUAUCAAGGAUGACCUUCUAAUGGAUUGGAGAGAGCUCUACGUUACCAGAUGCUUGCCUCGGGACCUAAAUGUAUGGCCUUCUAAAAUACCCACUAUGAGGUAACUUUGGGUUUACAGUUUACAAUC